AUUAGAAUUAAGAAUGGGGAAGGAGGUUAGAUUAGACAUCGAUGAUACCAGGAUGACCUGGGACAGCCCUGUUCAAUUCUUCUUCACAAUUCUCGGAUUCUGUGUUGGUCUGGGAAAUAUCUGGAGGUUUCCAUACCUUUGCCAGAAACACGGAGGAGGAGCCUUUGUGAUUCCAUUCAUGAUAAUGAUAGUACUGGUAGGGAUGCCUUUACUCCUUCUAGAGCUAGGACUAGGACAGAAGCUCAGGGUUGGAUCAGCAGCUGCUUGGCCUAAGAUUCAUCCAGCACUGUCAGGGGUUGGAUAUGGAUCCAGUGUAGUGGCUGUUAUAGUUGGAUGCUAUUAUAAUGUCAUCAUUGCCUGGUGUCUUAACUACCUCUUCUCUUCCUUUACGAGUGAAUUGCCCUGGACUAAAUGCCCUCAAGAUUAUAUUACAGGAAAGAAUAUAACUGAAUGUAUGGAAUCAAGUGAAACUCAAUAUUUCUGGUUUCGGACAACCCUAGCCUCCUCAGAUUCAAUAGAGAAUUUUGACGGAAUAAACUGGAAGAUCUUGAUGUAUUUAACUCUAUCCUGGAUUAUGGUCUAUCUCAUCCUAAUGAAGGGAAUUGCAUCCUCUGGUAAGGUUGUAUACUUCACUGCCAUGUUUCCCUAUGUAGUUCUAACAAUAUUCUUCUUCCGUGGACUAACCCUUCAAGGAGCUCUGAUUGGUCUUCAACAUAUGCUUACUCCUAAGCUGGAAAAGUUGCUAGAACCUACUGUUUGGUUGGAUGCAGCUAAUCAAGUUUUUUAUUCAUUUGGUUUAGCUUUUGGAUCCAUUAUUAGCUUUGGAUCGUACAACAAUCCUAAGAAGAACUGUGUUCGUGAUGUGCUAAUGAUCUCCUUGACAAACAUCUGUACUGCAAUCUACGCAUGCGCAGUUAUAUUCUCCAUCCUGGGGUUCAAGGCAGUCACCAUGCUUCAUCACUGCAUGGAACAUGACAUCAGCAUUCUUUCAUCUACAUUUCCGGAAUUCAUCGGCAGAAAUAUAGAGGACAUACCACAGGAGGAAUAUGACGCCGCUAUACUAAUUAUGCAUUCUUCAUUAAACCCCUCGCACAACUCCAGCCUGGUCUUGAACAGCACCCUGAGCACCUCCUUGUACCUCAACAACUCUGUUGAUCCCAGGUUCAGCUUGCUCCGCCACUGCUCACUGAAGAAGGAAUUGGACUCGGCUGCUGGCGGAACCGGAUUGGCGUUUAUUGUAAUGGCGGAGGUUUUUACUCAGAUUCCGUUGCCGCCGCUAUGGUCGAUUCUCUUCUUUUUGAUGCUGCUGAGUUUAGGAGUUGGUUCUCAGAUAGGUAUUCUUGAAGGAGUAACAUCUACUCUGUUUGAUCAUCCUCGGCUUAAAUUUGUCAAGAAACCUAUUCUUGUUGGAGCAGUGGCACUCUUCAGUUUCUGUAUCGGAACCGUGUUUACGACAGGAGCAGGAGAAUACUGGUUAACUCUUUUCGAUGAGUUCGGAGCUACGGGGCUCACGCUCAUCGCCUUUAUCGAGAUCAUCUGCGUGAUGUAUGUGUACGGACACAGGAGGUUCACGGAUGACAUUGAAGAUAUGACUGGAUAUCGUCCUGGAAUAUUCUGGCAGGUACUCUGGAGGUUGAUAUCUCCCCUGCUCAUGCUCUCCAUCAUCCUCUCCUCGGCCUACAGCAUGUUCACCAAGCAUCCAACAUACACCGCCUGGAACAAGGAGAAGGCGAUGAAUGAAGAGAAGGAGUAUCCGCCCUGGGCUUUAGUUAUAGCUGCCAUCCUAGCCGUAGCGUCUCUAAUUCCGAUUGCCGGCGGAGUGAUAAUCUGGUGGAUCCAGGGGUGCAGAGGAAACUCAGGAUCUAAAUAUAGUCCAGGGGCAUUCCAUAGAGUUGAUACUAAUGCAUCAACCAGACCUAUGAUGGACGGUUUCGAGGAGACAAGACAUGAUGUGGACAGAAUCUCAUAUAGAAGCUCGGACAGUGAAAGUGAUGGAGGGAUUAUACAGGAAUCAUCAAGACCGAAGAACUUUAAAAUGGAAGUAUUAAAGAACUAAAGAUUCUGAGAUUAAUAUCAAGUGUUUACCGAAUUCAACCCAUCCCUCCCCUCUCACAUGUAAAGACACAUUUUUCUUUAAAUAUUUUUGGAAAGGAUUUAUCAACUUUAAUUAAAAAACGUCAAUUUGAAAAUAAAUGCAGUAUUGACGAUCAUUAUAAUUUAUAACAAAAGAACCAGUUUUUGGUGACAAAAUUAAAAUGUGAAAUUUAAAAUGUUUAAGAAAUGCAGAAAACUUUUUGUGCCAAAUGUUAAAUGCAUAAACUCAAAUGAAAGCACAAAAUGAAAUACUGAGACCUGAAGUUGAAGCACUUGUUUAUAAAAUACUUUCAUACUUUUUUUUGUCAAAUUAUUCAACUAAAAACAGGAUUUUUAACAUUUUGGGAACAUACAUACCAACAUUUUUUAACGAUGGAUAUGUCUCCAGAUCUUUAGUAAAAUAAUAUCAUCAUUAAACCAACCUUCCCCACUAUUUAUUUAUCUAUUUUCUCAAAGAUAUAUUAGCUGUACAUAAUUUUAUCGUCUAUUGGGAUGAAAAUGCGCGAAUGUUUUUACGAAAACUUCUCAGAGCGGGUGGUUAUUUCACAAGAAACCUUGGUCGGAAAUAUUGGCCAAAAGGCGAUAAAAUACAUAAUUUAUUGAUUAAAGACAAGAAAUUAAUAUGUUAGAAAGUCUGAAUACGAGUCAAAAUAACCCUAUUUACCUUUCUAAAAUAUUUGCUACCCCACGUGUUAGAAUAAUAUUGUAAAAUGUGCGUACAUGAAGGCCUAACUGAUCUGUAGAAUUUAACCUUAGUAUGUACAUCGUGCGCAUACGGUUGUAAUUGUAUGAUGUACAAUAGUCAUGUACUUGUUCCAUAGUUAAUCAUUGUACAGUUGGACCCCAUUAAACUGUUGAAUAGGAAGACGACAUUUAAUCAGUUGUGUCUGUAUUUGAUGUUUCCAUAAAACAACAUGUUUUAACAGUAGCUUGAAAAUGAACUUAUUUGGUAAACUGGGUCUGUAUGCAUGCACUGCACAAUAACUGUGUUUUAUAUUAAUUCAACGAUAAGAAAUUAAAACUUUGGUCUAAUUGUCGUCUUCCUGCUCCAGACUUUUAAAGGUCUCACGAAGAAAUGAAAAAUUCUGAUGUAAAUUGUUUCCCCUACUUUUAACUUUUUAUAUAAACGUUUAGACAUGGCAGUCGCGUAAAUUUUAAAAAACCAUAAAUUUUGUAAAUCCAUAAAUUUUGAAAAUUCAUAAAUUUUGAAAAUUCAUAAAUUUAGACAAGACAAAGUAAACUGUGACAAUUUAUAAAUUGAGAAAACCCCAUGAGUCUUGGCUGUCCAUAAAUUGUGACAAACAUAAAUGUUGGCAAUCCAUAAAUCGUGACAGUCGAUAAAUCGUGACAAUCCGUAAAUUAUGGCAAUCCACAAAUUUAUAAUUUCUCUAAAUUUAAGCUUUAUAUUCAGAUGUGAUAUUCUAAAGGUGUUAUAUGUACAAUUACACAUUUCUUUUUGCUUGCCUCGACAUAUAGAUGCCAAAAGAAUUUAUGAAAAAUUCUUGAAAAAUGACGAAUAUAUUUAACUAUGUUCCA